AUGCGUCUUCGGAACGACCGCUACGAAGAAGCUCUGACUCGGCCUGCUCAAUCUUCGUAUCCCACAACCUCGCAGGAGCAGGCCAAGAUGGACCAGCGGUCCUAUAAUGCGACAGCUUCAUCGGUCCCAGCCCGCCCCCCUCAGCCAAAGCCCUCCGCUACGAUUGCGCCUGCAUCAUAUACUACUCCAUUCAUGGACUUUUUGACACAGAACCCUACGGUUUUCCAUGCUGUCGCUCACUUCAGCAAGAAGCUGGAGGACAAUGGCUUUACUAAGCUCUCCGAACGCGAGCUUUGGACUGGCGGCAAGCUGAAGAAGGGCGGCAAAUACCUUGUUGAGAGAAACGGCAGUAGUCUGAUUGCGUUCGUUGUCGGCGGAGAGUAUAAGCCUGGAAAUGGAGCAGCGAUCAUUGCCGGCCACAUUGAUGCUUUGACCGCCAGACUGAAGCCCAUUCCCAAACUCCAAACCAAGGCUGGUUUUGUACAGCUCGGCGUUGGACCCUAUGCGGGUGGUCUCAACAAUACAUGGUUCGACCGGGACCUGGGGAUUGGAGGCCGAGUUCUGGUUCGGGACGAGAAGUCUGGAAAGAUUGUCACCAAGCUCGUGAAGUUGGGCUGGCCCAUUGCUCGCAUUCCCACAUUGGCACCCCAUUUUGGUAUUCCUACGAGCGGGCCUUUCAACAAGGAGACACAAUUGGUGCCCAUCAUUGGUUUAGACAACUCUGACCUCUCUUCUAGCUCCUCUGAACAGGAGAACUCCUGGAAGGCGGGCAUCCUCGGCGGCGAAGGCACAUUCGCGGCUACCCAACCCGAGCGCCUUGUCAAGGCUAUUGCCAAGGAACUUGAAAUUGAUGACGUCAGCACCAUUGUGAAUUGGGAGCUGGAGCUCUUUGAUACUCAGCCAGCGCAGGUCGGAGGCCUGGACAAGGAGUUCAUCUUUGCGGGCCGCAUCGAUGACAAGCUCUGCUCAUACGCUGCAUUUGAGGCCCUUCUCCUUUCCACGUCUUCCAGCUCUUCGCCAUACUCUUAUGGCGGUGGCCCCGACGAGAGCGGUGUCAUCAAAGUGCUCGGCCUAUUUGAUGACGAGGAAAUUGGUAGUGAGCUCCGUCAGGGCGCCUUUGGCAACUUCCUGCCUUCUGUCUUGGAACGGGCUCUAGAAGGACUCGCUGGCCCGGAGACGUUUGGGUCCAAUCUCAUCUCCCAGGCCUACGCCAAUAGUUUCCUCGUCUCUGCGGACGUCACACACGCUGUCAAUCCCAACUUCCUUCAGGUCUACCUCGAGAACCAUGCGCCCCGCUUGAAUGUCGGCGUGUCCAUUGAAGCCGACCCCAAUGGCAACACCACCACAGACGCGGUGUCGGCGUCAAUCUUCCAGCGCGUCGCGCAGAAGUGCGGGUCCAAGUUGCAGGUGUUCCAGAUCCGCAACGACACCCGCAGCGGCGGCACCGUCGGUCCCAUGCUCUCGUCCAAGACUGGCAUCCGCGCCCUCGACGCGGGCAUUCCCCAGCUGUCGAUGCACAGUAUUCGUGCCACGACUGGUAGCUUGGACCCCGGUCUUGGUGUCAAGGUCUUUGCAGGCUUUUACGACUACUUUGAGGAAGUCGAUCAGGAGUUUGCUUGA